AGAUGAUGCGAUGAUCGAAAAUGGAAUAAAUGUCCAGAACCGCAUACCGCAUAUAAAACUCUGCAUUCAAGUCGACCACACUCUGAGUGUCCACGAAUAUUGCGAAAUUGGUGCUAUUGGUACUUGCCACUCUUAGAGUAAAGAAAUAAGAGGAAAAGACCACGAAAUGGAUCCAACAGCGAAUCCCGCGGUACAAUUACAGCACUUGCCCACGUCCAGCGAUGGCAGAGCACUGGCCGAACCAGAUGAGAUUUGGGAUGGAUUACGACGAACGGUGUCGAAGAUGACGGGUCGAUCGAAACUCGAAAGCGAAGAGAAACACCACAGCAACCAUCAAGAAACGGGUAUUCGAUCACCCGGACGGACACGGUCACAGCGAACACGAUCACAGCGGACGCGCACUCUCGAUGCUCAAGACGAGGAAUCUGCGAUACCAAUUGUGGACGCAGAAGACGACUUCCCCGAAGGCGGCUUGCGCGCAUGGCUUGUCGUCGCAUCAGCCUGGCUUCUUCUUUUCCCAUCAUUCGGUUUCAUGGUGUCUAUCGGCACGCUGCAGGAUUACUGGAGUCAAAACCAGCUCUCGAACAUGACAGCGCGCGACAUCGGAUGGAUUCCCUCCGUCCUCGUGUACCUAUCGCUCGCGCUGGGUAUCUGGGUUGGCCCGUUGUUUGAUCGUUACGGGCCACGAUGGAUAGCGUUGACUGGAAGCGUGGGAUUCUUGCUAAUGAUAUUCUUCCUCGCCGAGUGCAAGACCUUUUGGCAAAUGCUCCUGUGCUGCGGUGUACUGGGAGGUGUAUCCGGCGCGAUGUUGACGACUACAAGUUUGGCCGCCGUGGCGCACUGGUUCAAAGAACGACGAGGUCUUACCCAGGGAAUCGCCAUGAUGGGAUCGUCAUGCGGAGGACUGACAAUUCCUCUGAUGUUACGGACCACACUCCCAAAGUACGGCUAUGCAUGGUCGCUUCGCAUCAUUGGCUUCGUGUUCCUCUUCUGCUUCAUCAUAGGCAACAUCCUCAUAAAAGCUCGCAUUCCUCCAACUGCAGCUGCGAAGAAGAAGGCCAUCAUUUCCCUAUCAAUAUACGGAGAUCUAAGGCUGAGCCUCUUCACCAUAAGUGUAUUCGGCUUCGAGGUUGUGCUUUUCGGAGCCCUAGGUAUUCUGCCUACCUAUGCCACACUCAGCACCAACUUCGCACCCGCUACUGGCUUUAAUCUCAUUGCAGUCUUGAACGGUGUUUCUUGUAUCGGGCGCCUACUUCCAGGAUAUGUUGCAGACAAGAUAGGACGAUUCAACACGCUGUUGAUCAUGAUCGUCUUCACACUGUUAUGGAUGUUGGUGCUAUGGCUGCCCCUCGGCACCUCAUCCCUCGCGGCGCUGUACUCCUUCGCGGCACUUUUCGGGUUCGGGACAGGAAGUUGGAUGGCGCUUACGCCUGCAUGUGUAGGACAGCUUUGCCGAGCUGAUGAGUUCGGGCGUUAUUAUGGGAGUAUGUACUUUAUCGCCAGUCUUGCAACGCUUGUCUGCAUUCCUAUUAGCGGAGAGCUUGUGGAGACGGUUGGGCCACAGCCCAUGGUCGCGUUCUUUUGUGCGAUCCUCGGUUUGAGUCUGGUCAGUUUCUUGUUUAGUCGGUGGGCGUGCCUGGGGAGGCGCUGGACUGUCAAGGUAAAGGUUUAGGCUCUUAGUAGGAGUAGUGGCAUACAUUCUUAGUUGGUCAUAAUGAAUAUUAUUGUGCGAAUAUGAUGGGCAUUGACUUUAUGCUGUAUUCGCCAAGCGCUGCGAGGGGGUGGAGAUUGGAUUAGAUUCCAAAACUCUCGGAUUCUCCGGCUUAUGAGCGUGAUAUCUGCAUUUAGAUCAACUCAAUAAACUCCAAAUCAU